AUGACAGCCAGCAUCACGUAUAACGCACUAGCGCUCACCCACCACGACAUCAUCUCUCCGGUACUCAUCUUGAAGAGAUAUCCUUCAGACGUUAAUCCACACGUUUUCUUAAUAUCAAGAAAAAGGAAGAUUGAAGUAUUCUGUUUGAAGAUCCUUUUAGGUGGCUGCACUGUUGACUCCGCCACCUUGAAGCCCGCCACACCUGCGCCAGACACCGCCAUGGAGGGACGUAUCGCGAUCUAUUUGUCCCUCGUAUCCCUCUUCGCUACCGCCUCUGCGGCGUCAGAAGCGGCCAAAGUGAAGGUGACGGUGUUCUACGAGGCCCUGUGUCCGGACAGCAGGAACUUCAUCACCACGCAGCUGUACCCCGUCUGGAAUGAACUCAAGAACAUCACUGAACUCGACAUCAAUGCGUAUGGGAAAGCGCAUGAGCAGGGAACGGGUGAUGAGUCCACACUCCGCUGCCAACACGGCCCGAGGGAAUGCGCAGCCAACGCGAUGCUCACCUGCGCGAAGAAGUAUAUCAGUGAUGAACAGAAACUCAUGGACUUCACCAACUGUCUCAUGGAAAAGAAGAGAGGGAUUUUGUCUGCCACAGAGUGCGCUCGCGUGGCCGGCGUGGGCCUGACCGACGUCGCGCGGUGCCACCACACGGCCGAGGGAGAGGCACUGCAGCGAGAGAUCGGCGAGAGACAACGGCAACUCGACCCUAGUCUCUAUUACGUUCCUUGGAUUCUUUUAACGACGUCUUUACCAAAAAAACAGCUGACGGCGGCGCAAGCGAACCUCAGGGAAGUGAUUUGCGAAAUUUAUGAAGGAGAAUGCCCCUGAUGAGAGAAUUUUAACGAAGUAGAAAACAAAAUAAUAAAACAUCUCCCUUAUCGAUGUCGCAUUAACACUAACAAUACUU